GGCAGGAAGUCUCGUAUCGCGCCCGGGAGGCGCCGGAGCCCAGCGGCUGGCGGUAAGGCCGCCUCCGCGGGGCUGUGGGAAGCUUGGGCUGUCCCCGGACCGUCAGUCUCCUCCUCUGACCCUCCCUUCCCCCUUGUGUGUGGGGCUGCCGUCCCACCCCCACCUCGCCCGAGUCCGCAGCGGCCCCGGUGUCCCCUCCGAUCCUGCUGCACUCCACGUCCCCCUAUCAGGGCUCCAGCCCCCAGGGAAAUCUCCGGCCAGGCCCGCCCAGGAGCCAGAUCCAGGCUCCUGGAAGAACCAUGUCCGGCAGCUACUGGUCGUGCCAGGCACACACUGCUGCUCAAGAGGAGCUGCUGUUUGAAUUAUCUGUGAAUGUUGGGAAGAAGAAUUGCAGAGCUGUCGGCUGAAAAUUAUCCAACCAAGAGAAAUAUAUUUUCCUGUAUAAUUCCAGAACGUCUUCAGAGAGCCGUGCAUGGAUUGCUUCAUUACCUUUUCCAUACGAGAAACCACACCUUCAUUGUCCUGCACCUGGUCUUGCAAGGGAUGGUUUAUACUGAGUACACCUGGGAAGUAUUUGGCUACUGUCAGGAGCUGGAGUUCUCCUUGUAUUACCUUCUUCUGCCCUAUCUGCUGCUAGUUGUAAACCUGUUUUCUUUCACCCUGACUUGUGUAACCAAUCCUGGCAUUAUAACAAAAGCAAAUGAAUUAUUAUUUCUUCAUGUUUAUGAAUUUGAUGAAGUGAUGUUUCCAAAGAACGUGAGGUGCUCUACUUGUGAUUUAAGGAAACCAGCUCGAUCCAAGCACUGCAGUGUGUGUAACUGGUGCGUGCACCGUUUCGACCAUCACUGUGUUUGGGUGAACAACUGCAUUGGGGCCUGGAACAUCAGGUACUUCCUCAUCUACCUCUUGACCUUGACGGCGUCAGCUGCCACCGUCGCCAUUGUGAGCACCGCUUUUCUGGUCCACUUGGUGGUGAUGUCAGAUCUAUACCAGGAGACUUACAUCGAUGAUCUUGGACACCUCCAUGUUAUGGACACGGUCUUUCUUAUUCAGUGUGAACACUUCAUUCAUCCCACAGGAAACUCUUGUAUGUACUGGGAUUAUUCCUGGGCUUCUUCUCAGUGCUGUUUAUGUUCAGUUUGUCACAUUUGGACACAGUACCUGUUCCUGACUUUUCCACGGAUUGUCUUCAUGCUGGGCUUUGUUGUGGUCCUGAGCUUCCUCUUGGGUGGCUACCUGUGCUUUGCCCUGUAUCUGGCGGCCACCAACCAGACUACUAACGAGUGGUACAGAGGUGACUGGGCCUGGUGCCAGCGUUGUCCCCUUGUGGCCUGGCCUCCGUCAGCAGAGCCCCAAGUCCACCAGAACAUUCACUCCCAUGGGCUUCGGAGCAACCUUCAAGAGAUCUUUCUACCUGCCUUUCCGUGUCAUGAGAGGAAGAAACAAGAAUGACAAGUUCGUGACUGCCUUUGAGCUGUAGUUCGCGUUUAUUUACACAUGUGGACCCUCGUUUUCCAA